AUGUUUGAUCUCCCUUUAUCUUGGAAUUCAAUAAUAAUCCCGUUCGCUAACCCUCGCAAAGUCAUUUACGGAUAUCAGUGUGAUUUUAAUAAUAAAGGAUAUAGUAUCUAUAUCACAGACUUUAAGAAUGUAUGGAUAGAAACAUUAUCCAAGAAAGGUAUAAUUGAAAAAGUAAACAGUUAUGGAAUCGAAGAUACAGAAGAUGAAAAGCUCCAUUAUCUACUUGAAGUAUUGAAAAAUGGGGUUGAAAGUAGGGAUGCUGAUAAAACUUUAGUAUUCUCAAUUGAUGAGGUAAACAGAACUGAGUUCCAUAAGGAAGGUAUUAUAUAUGGUAAGUUCAAUGGAGAGAUAGAAUGGGAUUUUUCUAUGGUGAAACAACCACCUUCAGUUGCAAUUGACGUUAUAUCCCAAAUCAACUUCCAACAGUGUGAAAAUCAUAAUUAUCUUAAUUAUAAAAUUGAACAAUUAGAAAGACUCAUUGGCAUAAAAGAUCAAUAUAUAACUUUUUUAUCUGAGAACUACAAAGCCAUAAAUGGUGAUCAAUUAAUUAAGAAAUACAGAAAAAAUAAUAAGACAGAUGCCAAAUAUCUACAUAAAUACGAUAAAACAUUGUGGAGUCGGAGCACUGAGAAUUCCUAUAAGGAUAUAGUGAGGGAAAAGCAAAAUGCUAAUGAUAAUAUCGAUGACAGAGUAUGGACAAGUAUAGAAAAGUCUAUUAAUGAUAAAAGCUCUUGGAUUUUUUCGAAGACCGUCGAAGCAGGUCCUUCAAAUGAACCAAUACAUAUAAAACAGGAAAAUGACGAGCUAAUAGAGCUGUCAGACGUCACGCCCUCUCAGAUUAUCAAAAGAGAAGAUAGUGAAGGCUUUCCUAGGAAGCGACCAGUGGUGAGAAAAAUUGGAAUUAUUGGUCCUCGGAAGCGAAAACAAGAGAGAUCAAUAAAAAAAGCCAAAACUUUACCUCUAAAGGACGAUGCCAAUAGCAAACUGAGUACAAUCAAGGAAGAAUAA